AUGUUAGUUCGCUUUGACAUGUCCGAGUAUGCUGAUAGUGGAUCGUUGUCGCAUCUCAUUGGAGGAUCUCGAAGCUAUGAAGGAGAGGGACAACUCUCAGAGAAAGUCAGGCGCCAACCAUAUAGUGUUAUCCUUUUUGAUGAGGUGGAUAAGGCAAAUUCCUCGAUUAUCAAUGUUUUUACUCAACUCCUCGAUGAUGGUAUGUUGAUUGAUGGAAAAGGACGGAAUGUAGAUUUCAAGAAUACAAUCAUCAUUAUGACUUCAAAUCUAGGAUCAGAGCACCUGUCAAAUGGACUGACCGGAGAAAGCACAAUGGAAAAUGCACGUGAUCUUCUCAUGAAAGAGGUUGAGAAAUGCUUCAAGCCUAGUCUUAUCAACAGACUGAGUGAAAUUGCAAUAUUUGAACCGCUUUCACGCAACGAACUUAGGGAGAUUGCAAAUAUCCAAAUUAAGAGAAUCGUUGCCAUGAUGGCUAAUAAGGGAUUUUCUUUAUGUGUGACUGAUGCUGCCUUGGAAGUAAUUUUAUCAGAAUCACAUGACACAGGGUACGGCGCAAGGCCUUUAAAGAGGUGGAUGCGGAAGCAUGUGACAGCAAUUCUUUCAAAUAUGUUGGUUAAUGGGGAAGUGUGUAAGGGCUCAACGAUCUCCAUUGAUGCUAGGGAUGAUAGGAGGGGGUUGAAGUAUCAAGUCCUGAAUGAGCAGGAGAUGGGAGAUCCGUGA